AUGCCCAAGAAGCACAGACAGACAUACCAACCCAAACCAGGCUCGAACUAUGUUCANCCCCCUCUCGGGGGCAGUCCUCGCACCGGCGAGAAUGCUCAGGCAAAGCCUGUCUUGUCUGUCAACGAACGCCUCACCAACCUGAGGCUCGCCCAAGCAUCCCCAGCUUCCAUCGAAAGAAAGCGACAGCUUGCUGAGCUUUCAAACCAAAGGUCAUUACCACCAAGUCUUGGUCAGGGUAUCUUGGGUCAAACUGCUGUGGCUGCUCCAGCUCCGAGAAACAGUGCUUCUCAGAGAUCGAGAGUGCGCUUUAGGACGCCCGGCCCUGCCCCUCCGCCUAGUUGGGUGUCGAGACUAACUAGUCAUAGACAAGCAUUGGAAAAUCGUUACUACCCGGCGAAACGACAACCAAGGACCUUUGGCCAGAAUGGUGCUCCGACAAGGAACAUGCCCCAAGAACUGGCUCGUUUCUUGAACAUGGCAAACGACAAUCCUGUCAUCCCCGGUAGCUUACUGGACAUGUCACUCAAAGUGGCUGCGCGGAACUGGUCGGAUAUUGUCGAAGACUGCGGCGAGUGGCUUGAUGUGAUUCCAGCUCAUCUACGUGUUGUCUUGCUCAGCUACUUGACCACUCUAGGACCACCCGAAGGCAUUGACAUGGCAGGUCUCCAUGCUCUCUUUCCAAAUCCAUCUGAAGCUUCUUCCUUGGACCUAUCGGGCUUGGUGGGCUGGGGUUUCAUUAUCAAGGAACUCAGGAAAUGGCUACACAAGUCAGCUGAUGAGAACAAAGAUUCAAUUGAGAAGUCCCAACAACAAAAGAGUGACAUCGCGGACUCAUGGGACCAGGAUACAUCCUCAGACGAUAGCGAUUUCUUCAUUCCGACAUCUCUCAACAACAACCUCCAACACUUGACCAAGCUCUCUCUGGCUCACCCUCCUUCAUCAGCAUCCUGGACAGACCUCCUACUUCUCUCCAAGGACUUACACACCAUAACACACCUCAGUCUAGCCCACUGGCCACUACCAACACGAACGCCAAACUCAACCUCUGCCUACGCCUCCCUCGACCGCGACUUUGAAGAAUCAGCUCUAGUCCUGCGCAUGCUAGCCGAAAACACCUACUGUCUGCGCUGGCUCGAUCUCCAAGGCUGCCACUCUUGGUUGCCAGCUCUAACCCACCGCUCCCACGCCCUUCCCCUUCAACCCACAGACUCCGACGACAGCGACAAUGACUGGUCACUUCAGACCCAACGUCUCAAAGGCCCUGAUUGGAAUGGAGCUUGGCGACACCUAACCUACCUGAACAUUUCUCAAGACCCUGUUUCCUGGUUUCCCACCAAUACCGCAUACCUCAAAACCCCUUCUUUCCGUCAGAGAAUGGCAAAGAGUUAUUUUCGUAUUGGUGUUAAGCAUCAACAAAUCAUUGAUGACUUGCGCGAUUACAUUUCUACUCAUCCAGAGAAGAGAGAGUAUCAAGUGCAGCAUUGUGGUGAUUGCCAUUCCACAGCUGAUUUGGGAGAUUGUUGGCAAGAGUGUGGGAAUUGUAAUGCGUAUCAGGAUAUGUUUGUGGGCUUGAUGGCUAGGUGGUUGGAGAGAGAGGUAGAGGCUAGAGCGGUAGCUAGAGGUAUUAUUGCUGCUAGACAGGGCACAGGUUUGAGGUGUACCUUUGACCAUGGGUGGCAAAGUAGAGAAAGCUAUCCUGUUUUGAAUUGGCCAUAG